AAAAGGAAAUGCAGCUUAUACGAACGCACGACAAGUGAACUAUAUCAAGAAAGAGCAAAGCGGUUGACUGCUGACGUCAUUUAAACAUGGGCUGUAUGGGUGAUACAUCGUGGGGAUGGGUAAUCCUCGUAUUUGCCGUUGCCAUGAGAACGACCAUACACGGUAUGCUGACGUCAUACGGAGAGUUUCUUGCUACGUUCAGCAACGUGUUUCAGGAACCAAACAUGGCUUUCUUUGGUAUCAUCGGUUCCACGGCGUACGGUAUCAUCAGUAUAGGAACCCCGAUAGCGCUGGCGCUCACACGGUGGAUAGGCGCCCGCAGAACAGUAUUCAUUGGUGUCUUCCUGCUGUCGCUAGGUGUCGCCCUCUCGGGGGUCGUGGAUCAACCGCUGGAGCUGUUCUUCACAUACGGGCUCCUGGGAGGAUGUGGGGCCCUGCUCACCAACAACCCGCCGUUUUUCCUGCUGUCUCAGUACUUUCACCGUGACCAUAAGUAUUAUAUUCUGACGUCUAGUCUCCCGAUGAUCUCAUUUUGUUUGGGUUCACUUAUAUUUAACCCCAUUAUCCAAGCUAUGAUAACAUCCAUAGGCUGGCAAUGUACUUUUGCUGUCUACGCCACGUUAAUUUUCACCGUCGGCUGCACUGCUGCUGCCACCUUUCGGGAAAACGAGGACCAAGACGAAAAUGACAAGACAAGCUUAAUCAAAGACGAACCAGAUUCAAUGAAACCUUCUAAAUGCCUAUUUGUUUUAAGCGCAAGUGUGAAACAUCUGGAAACGCUGGGCGUAGCAAAGAUGACAGCGGCGGCCACAGUUACUAUAUAUUCCUCAGCCGAUCUCUGCGGACGGUUGUUUACUUCAUUUUUAGGAGACAGACUAUUUAAAAAGAGAGUCAUGUAUCUUAAUAUCGCCUGCUGCCUUCUUCUUGGUCUGGAGAAUUUCGCUGCAGGGUUUGCCACGUUAUAUUAUCAGCUGGUGAUAUUCUGUGUUGGUAUCUUGGCAAAAGUACUUUUAGCAGUUGGCUAA